CUUUUUAGUUAUCUUUCUUAUUCUCACUUCCGUUUUUCCCCCCAUUGCUUCCUCCACUAAACCACUUGGGCCCCCGUCCUUGACUCAGGUAGCAUCUCCUCUAUAUCAAAGUUUUCCCCUCCAUAUAAAACUUUUGGAUAACAAGUGGUUUUUUUCUUUCGUUUACUGCAAACAUCAUGUCUCCCAACACAAUGGCUCUCACGCCUUAUGGCUCAAACGGCAGUACAGACCUCACAAUGGCUGUUCUUGGUUGUGGAACCAUGGGAGUUGCUAUCCUCAGUGGUAUCUUAAACUCACUCGCUGAGAUGCAAGGACCUAAGCCCCUCCAGUCCCUCCCCAGAUCAGGAACCUCAACUCCUGGCGACGAGGUGCCUGAACGACUACCUUCACGCUUCGUUGCCAGCGUUGCUACUGCAGCGGGCGCUAAGCGUGUCAAGGGCGCUCUCUGGGAGCAUUCCUCCAUUCUCAAGGUUGUCCACAACGACAACAUUGGUGCCGUUCAGCAGGCUGAGGUUGUUCUGCUAACUUGCAAGCCAUGGAUGGUUAAAGAGAUCCUUAGCGAGCCUGGUAUUUCAAAAGCUCUGCACGGCAAACUUCUUGUCAGCGUUUGUGCUGGUAUCACAGUAGAGGACAUCGAAAUCGCUCUCCACGGCGCUGUACCCUCCAAGGACCCAGAGGAGGAUGGUCGAUGCCGCAUUGUCCGGGCCAUGUGCAACACAGCUGCCGUGAUCCGUGAAUCGAUGACUGUUAUCGCUUCUCCUAGUUCUCCCCUCGACCAUGCCACCGAGAGCCUUGUUACCUGGAUCUUCAGGCGCAUUGGUGACGUUGUCUACCUUCCCACGCGACAUAUGGAUGCCUCGACAGCUCUGUGUGCUUCAGGUCCCGCUUUCUUCGCCCUGGUGCUAGAAGCUGCCAUUGAUGGCGCUGUUGCUAUGGGCAUUCCCCGUGCCGAUGCUCAGCGCAUGGCUACUCAGUCUAUGAGAGGUACUGCUGGUCUUGUCCAAAAUGGCGAGCACCCUGCUCUUCUCCGGGAGAAGGUUUGUACAUCCGGUGGCUGCACUAUUGGUGGUGUCUUGGUUCUUGAAGAGGGCAGAGUCCGUGGCUCCGUCUCAAGAGCUGUACGUGAGGCCGCUGUUGUGGCCGGUCAGAUUGGAAAGGGGGCUGACGGUGUAAAUGGCACCAGGUUUCCCGGUGCACGUUAUGAAUGAAUGGAUCAUGACCACGAUGAUCGGUCAGAACUUCCCAGGAAGUCCUGGCAACCAUCAUAUUCAUGUUCCCUGCCUAUCUCAGACCCCGAGGUAGUCUCGGACUUUCAAUCACUGGAACCAGUCUACGAACCAAAACUAGAGUCCAAAGAGGUCGAGGACAUGGCAAGGGAAAGAAUACAAAAUCCUAGUAUCUUCUUCUAUCUUAUCUUAGACUCGGUAGUACUUGGC